AUGUCUUCCUCGAUGCCUCGUCGCACUCGCAAAGCUCAACUUGCAUCUUCUGGCCUAGUCUCUCACUUUGUAAGCCCAAGGAAAGCUCAAGACAAACGGAAAACCCAAACAUAUGUUGAGCUGCCUGGCACAGAGAUGAAGCGCCGCCAACUUUUAGAUGCAAUGGAGCAACUUAUGAAGUCGCAACAUGAGGAACCAUACCUGCAGUUAUCUGUUCAAGCUGCACCACCCGAUACUGUGACUAUGGAACACAUGGAUGCUGACAAUCUUGUUGAAUUCCACUCUGAAGAUGUGGAUGAACAACCAUCUCUGGAGAUCUCAGUAACGUCUGUCAAACGGCAGAUCAUACCAGACCAACCCACUAAUUCACUGUAUAAAAACUGGAUUGCACUCAUACCAACCCUUGUUGAUCCGGUACUCCGGUACUUUGGACAAACACAGGGCAAAGCACUGGAAACUAUACAUCCAGUCAUAUCUGCAUGUGGGGAGCCUUCGUGUACACCGAAACGGACAACAAUGAUGUGUUUAUUUUUCGAUCGCUUUACAUCUAUAGAUGUACUAAGUUGUACCUGCUCGACUCUCCAGCAGGUCCUCGUCCACCAUGGUCUAUUCCCAACCGCGCCUUCACAGCCUCGGAUGGCUGUGUCUGUUGACUUGCUUUCAUUCUACCGCGCGUUGUUUGAGCGCUCAUGUGACGCGAUUAACACACUCGCAUCAGCGCUCAAAAAUCAUUAUUUCCGGCGGGGUUACCAGAUGACUGAUGCCCAGGGUGAAGUUAUACAGGACCCCUUCCACCGAGGCCUUGGCUAUGCCGUCCAAUGGCAUGACAUCCUGCAAGUUGAAGUUGAGUGCCAAGUCGAGAUGGUCAUUCAACAACAUCGUGAUCAUAUAGCAAAGUUUCAAUGCAACGGUGUCCUGCUUGCUUUGCAGGUAUACUCCAUGGUAGAUCCACAGAUGAAGGAGGUGACAUCCAUGUUGCAAUGGACAGUAAUUUCCAUCACCGUCAUCGACGUGCUGCUGGAGACUGUCCAAAUUUCUAUGACCCAACCUAUUUUCUGCCCAAAAGCUUUGUUGACGCAAUUGGGCGCCAUAUCGACACUCAACAAAGCCGCUAUGGAUAGCUUUGACGACACUGGAAUCAUGGCCCUUAUCUGUCGUCAUGACAUCCCAUUAUUUUUUGCCAAUAUAGACUCACCUGGAGAACAGCAGAAGUAUUCAGUAGCUUUACUUCACCACUUCUUUUCAUUUCUUCCGCCUGAAGCUACUGUCGUAGCUCUUUACGAUAUUGGCUGUUAUGACAUUCUUCCCAUAAAUAUCACCUCACGCCUUCGAUUUGCAACCACUGCAAUGCAUGCAUAUGGGCACGAGUGGGCUUGCCAGCUCGUAUAUAAUCCACGAAUAUGUGUGGGUCUUGGCUUAUCCAAUGGCGAAGGGACCGAACACCUUUGGUCUCGCUUAGUUCGACUGAUAGGUGUUGAGCGCACUUCUAGUCACCAACGCCGUUUAUGGCUAAUCGAUCGGCAAGCAGUGGCUAUAGCUUCAGAGAUGCGAAUUGACCUUGGCGACUGGAUCAAACGACGCCUCAGACGGGGCAUCAAGGAACAAGGUUGGGCAGCCCAAGACGCGCUAGAUCGAUGUGGGGUUCCCAUUGAAGAAUUGCAGUCCGAGUGGUUGCAGCAAAGGCAUUCUCAGUUAUCUAUCCGUGCUCAUGCACCCGCCCGCCUCAAGAAGGAGUUGGACACUGUCCUAGCUCUCCAGGCAGAUCUGGACACCUCAGACAAAGCAUUGCAAACCGCCAGGACGAUGUUGGAGAAAGAUAUGGCUUCAGAUGAUACUCUAGAGGCUCUCGAAAGUCUAGAGAGGGGACACGAUCGCCUGAUGAACAAGGUCGAGGCUCUUUACUCUUCAUUGAACAUUCAUGACAGGCUCCCUAAGCUUCAUGGCAUCAAUCUCGAAUUUGUUCACAUCCUUCUAUUGGCACGCGAUCUCAAGAUGAACGUUCGUAAAUGUGCAAUUGCAAGUUUCUUUGAGUGGGAUAAACUUGAUCGAGCAGUAGGUGGCGUCCAGCAAGCAUUAGGCACCAAGCUGCAUCAACAGACACGCAAAGCAAUUUCAAAGUGUCAGCCUGCACUAAUGACCACUAUCAGGAGAUUCAACUCCUACUGCGAGCGGCUUGAUUCGUUGUAUGAUACAUCCUGGGGGAUUCCACUGCCCUCACCCCUUCCCACCAAACUUGUGGAACUACGUUCUGACCCAGGACUGAUGGAGGAUGUAUGGAUUACGCCAUCUCUUGGAGAGGUUCCACGAUGGUUAGACGACACAUCCAUAAGAGAUGGUAUUUGUGCACUGCUGAAGUGUGACCGGUGUCGAGAGGAGCAGGUUCGGCUGGGCAUUGAGGCUGAUAACUUGUGCCACUUCUUUGGAAAUGAGUUGGCAGCGCUUGAACUUGCCCUUCAGUUGCUGAAGAUACAGUUUACUAAUGAAGUCAGCAAGGCAGUGGCCAUUGCGACCACUCUCUCAGGAGGCUCGCCAAACAUGAUGUUUCACUGGAUUAAUGCUAGCACGCUGGUAGUGCCUGAUUCUGAGGGUGGUGAUGAACUCCCUAUCAUUGAUCCUGACCAUUGCCCCCAAGUCAAUUCUGAAAAAGCAGCACUUGCCGAUGUCCUGGAGGGUGAGAUGGGGGCAUUGGAGUUAGAUGACGAUGACUCAACAAAUUAUGGGCACAAAGUUAAUGCCAUGAUUUGCUGGAACCUUCCUGAUAAUCUCCUUGUGGAUGACUUCUGUGUCCCAUUGCAAGAGCCAGAUGUCCUUGACCCUGCUAAAAUUUUUGCACGAAUACGACCUUCGCACGAUGGAAUCCCUCGUCUACUGUUUGAGCCGAAAGACAUUGGUAUACUCAGUUCUCCUACUGCACGCCUCAAUGAUAUAUGUAUCAAUAAUUGCGCCAUUCUCUUGUGGUACUCUCAGCUGAACACUUCCGCUACACGGUGCGCGAUGCUCUCCACUCAUGAUCUUCCCCGCAUUCAUUAUAAUGCCCCAGACGAUAUCAUCUGGCGCCACACAUUGUGGAUUCGUUAUUGGGAAAAAGAUAUCUGGGUUCUUCCAAUUCAUCGUCCAUCAGGCAUUGGACACUGGGUGAUGUGCAUCAUCCAGUUGUCGACCAAAGAACUUUACCUUUUUGAUAGCAUGGGUGAUAGGACGCCUUGGCAAAGUGACGUCAAACAUAUAAUAAGAUUGAUUGCUCGGUUCAUUGCAAUUGCGCGUCAACACGGCCAUCAUGUUCAUAUUGAUCUUGAAGGGUGGGUGGCUCGACCGUUAAAUAUCAAACAUCUUCAGAAUAAUGACUUUGAUUGUGGCCUAUGGGUAUUGGCUGCAAUAUUCGCCAUUACAGACGCGCAUUCCUUUACUAUCACUCGCCUCCUUGUGGACAUGGCUGUGAUGACAGAGGACCCAGGAGUUAGUAGUAUCCAAGUCAAUGCCGGAUGGAAGACCCUCGAUGGGAUUCCUUGUAUCAUGGGUGGCCUAACGGCGCUUGUUGCAUCUGUCAGUGGUACCCUGCGUGGGCGUACCCAAACCGAAUUCCCUUGGAAAACCCUGCCCAAGGAGCUAGCUCGGCUCGGAUGUUGCCUCGUCAACUACCCUAAUGAGACUUUGAUGCCCGGCAAGACUCGACCUAUGCUCUCUCGGAGCAAAGGCAUCCAUGAUCUGACCCUUCCUCAUCAUAUCAAUCUUGUCAAUGCGCUCAAGAUGGGCACCCUCACCAUUCGAGCCGUGACAAAUGAUGCUGCUCGCACAUGCCUUACGAUGCGACGUGCAUUUGCUAAUGGUGACAUUGAUUGCAAGGGUCCUCACUGUCUUGCCUCUCCCCCUUCUACACCUCCCACUUCUACACCACCCACUCGUCCUUCUACACCUCCCGCUCAUCCUUCUACACCUCCCGCUCAUCCUUCUUCUACACCUCCCACUCAUCCUUCUACACCUCCCGCUCGUCCUUCUACACGUGCUGCUCGUCCUGCCACAUCACCUACUCCUUCUAGGGCAGUCUCCAAAGUAAUACCACCAUCCACCACUCACACCAUAUCACGCCUGCCACCCUGGCCAGCCUCUAGAGUGGCCUCCAAAGCAAUAACACCGUCCAUCGCUCACACCACGGAUCUCAUCCCACCAAUCGCUGCUGUCGAGCAGUCUGCAUCUUCUUCUGAAUAUGUUGAUGAUGAGACUCUAGAUGAGGAGUCAGAUGCUACUUCACUGGUUCUGAACAACACGAUCAAACCCAUUUCAACGGAACCGCCAGCUCAAAUAUUUGAUUGCAAACCUGUCGAACUCAUGAGAGCCUCACUAGAGCCUCACUCGCACCCUCAUGAACCUGUCGGCCUUGGUUACCUAUCUGAACAAAUUUCAAUGUCUUACUCCACAUCAGCUCAAAUCAGCCUCAUAAGUAUCAGAGCGCUGCUCUUUUUUGUUCGUGCCCCUUCCAAUUUCCUAUCUGAUUCACUCUGCAAUAUCUUGCGCAAAUAUUGUACAAACAUGACCCAAAACAUCCCAGAUGACCUGUUGUCUCCUCACCCGAGCUACAUGGGUCUAUCCCCCGAUACCUUCGAUUACAUGCAAGAGCAGUUCGGCGGCGGCCAUCGAUGCACAAUGCCCCCUGUUGAGCUGACUCCCUCGCGACUCAGGAGUAAGCUCAAAGCUACAGCACAGGACGUCGGCCUUGUCAAAGGUGCAUCUAGCCGCCGCCAGGCCUAUCAAAACCGCACUAUGGGAACUCAAGAUCCCAUAUCUGCGCUCCCUGGUGCACCAGACCUACCUCAUGUGGUGCCAGGUGGCACUUUAACAAGCGAAAUGUCAUUGCCAAUGGUCCACACAGCUAGUAGUUGCCAUGCCUCACCAUUUCCUGCCCCAGCGGCCCCUGCACAGCUCCAGGAUGUUUUUUUUGGUUCCAUGGACCAGCAACGCGCAUGGAUAGACUCUAACUCUGACGCUUUUAGCAUGAUGGGGUCUGAGUCUUUUUUAGCUGGAGGAUCGCAAAAUCACCUCACCGCACAGGGCAUGGAGCGCCUAGCACCUCCACCAAGUUACACUUUUCCUGUGAGCCAAUACCCUUCUGGCUUUACGGAGGAUUUUUCUGGCAAAGCCUCACCGUUCAUCCUUCAGCCAGUUCCAUCGUCGUCAUUGUCUCAUGAUCAUCUGCUUCCCCUCCCAACCACAAAUGUCAUUCCACCAAUGCCAUUCAAGGAUGGUGGCAGCCAGACCAACACCACCACCUCGACAAAUACUAUUGGUACUUUGCUGAGCGGUUCCAGUUCACAGAUGGACUUAGAAGGCUAUCCUUCUGCCUCUCAUGAACACUUUCCCGAGGAGCACAAGCCGGUGACCCAUCAAGAAGGACUUAUGGUUACUGGAUGCAGGUCUGCAGAGUUGAAUGCAGCACUAGAAGCCAGGUUUGCUGCAGUAGAGCGGUGCUUUCUCGAACUAUCUGCAUCCACCACACUCCCUACUUCUCAAUUAAUCAACUUGUUCCUGAAGAGUCGUGGACGCACCGUAAACGGCACUAAUUAUUGGAACCUAUAUGCCAACUACUUCAAAGAGCAUGUCCAGACGGAGCUUGCGUGCAUCGGCAGAGAAGCUCCCACUGGAGGUGGCACGCCUAGUGCAACCGUGCGGACUCAAUGUUACGAUAAAUUCAAAGAGGUUUAUUCUGAUUCUUACCAAGAUAUCCUGCUAAUGCACGAGGAGGCAUCACUCCUCGGAUCUUCGCCUCAAACGAUAGCCCAGCGUGGACAGGGGUUCCAAAAACAUUAUCGAAGAGUGAUACAAAUACUCGAGUCUGCCGCUGUUAAAUUUGGCUUUGAAGCGGCUGUCGUUCUCUGCGGCAAAGUGGUCAACGAGGAUGGCUCCCUUGGCCACUCGUAUAAUACACCAGGCGCUGUAGGGAUACAGUUCUGGGAGACACAAUGUCGCGCGAGCGAUGAUGCCAUUGUCAGGCAUCUCAAGGCGCACGUGUAUAAUAGUACAUCUUUGACUGUGGUGGAUGAUGCCUUCAACAAUGGCACCCACAAUGACCCUUCAACCCCAAACUCGACUCUGAACCAUGAUCAUGACCAAUCUCAGGCUCCCAAGGGAUGGGAUGACGGUUUGAAAUGGAUCAAACUUGAACUUAUUAGACAAGUUGCCCAACUGGGGGGCAAGUGCACCUGGGAUAAAAAUUUUCCCUGGAAGGGCAUGUCCAGCGCCCUUGCUGAUGCCAACCUCUGUAUCAGAGGCUAUCCAGCCCAUAAGUGCCUUUUGCCCAGUGAAGCUCACAAUGAAAACUCAAGGAACAAGGGCAUCGGAGCACUGACACAGAAGGAAAUUGCAGCACUCAUAGAUGGGUUGAAGGCAGGAACUAUGCAAGUCAUCAAAGUUUUAACCUCAUAUGUAGUGGCCAUGAUGGCCUCUGAGAGGCCAGUCAUCACUGGCAUAGCGCCACCACCUGAAUGGUCACAUGAUGGCGCUCGACGACUAUUUGCUAAUGGCAAUACUGACUAUCACGGCUCAGCUCGUCUCCAGCCUAGCGGUGCAGCUACGAAAGUCAAGAAAGCCACUGAUAAGGCACCUCAGGCACCUUUUCGACCCUCCAAUGAUGACGACAACAAUGAUUUGGGUGAUGAUCGCCCGGCAGUACCUGCAGCUCCCAAGUUCCGAAAACCUACCAUACGAUUAGACCUACCUGCACCACUGCCCUUGCGCCCGUUCAAAGUUGUUGUACCGCCAAACCCACGCCAAGUCAAAACUGUUCGAAAGCCAGAAUCAGCUGCAGCAGAGAGCGAGGUUAUCGAACUGACUUCAACCGAGGAGAAGGCUGUUGAAGAGUCGGAUACUGAGUAUGAAGAAGCGCGUGGGAAAAAGAGGAAACUAAAGGCCACAAACACAUUGCAUGCAUUGAAGAAGCUAGCUUCAUCCGAGGAGAAGACUGAUGCUUCAAAAGCGGGGAAGAAAGGGACACGGGCUCAGACGAAACCACGCAAAGUACCUCCCAUGCCGACCUCAACAAUCUCUCCAACAAAGGGUGGUCCUCUGUCCCCAUUGACAGUGGGGUCAUCGAGUGUGGUGGCAUCACCGGAACCUGGAAUCAAACCGCGCCCAAUUGCCAAGGCAUCCAAAGGCAAAAUGAAGCGUGUUCUUCGCAUGGCCUACAGCCAGUCGGAUGAAUCUGAAGUUGACGAGGGUAAGAUUGACGAGGGUAAGAUUGAUGAGGUCAAGAAGAUAGAUGUUGUGGUUACCGAGAGUGCCGGUGCCAUCUCCCCUGGCUUAGUCAAUGUCUCUGCAGAAUCUUUACAGGAAGGCUUGACUGAGGUAAUGCAUGAUGACAGGCCAGCAGGAACCCAGCAGGAACCGCCUCAGAUCACCAAACCCAUUGAGGAUCCUCACAAUGCCGCUCGCGACUCUCGUGACCCCCACGACCCUCCACAUGACCUACACCAACAAGACCUUCGCAAGGGUAACCCUCCAUGCCACCCACAGGAACCUCAUUGGGAGGUCACUCCUGACCCUUGCAACGACCCUUGCAAUGACCCUCACGAGGGUGGCCCUCUUCGCAACUCCCACGAGCCUCGUCAUGACCCUCGCAAUGCCUUUCAUGACACUCAUCAACCUUUUCGCAGUCAUUCCCGUGAGCCAUGGUACAUGCAUGAUGCCAUGCACCGCCAUGAAGUUCAUCUGCAUGAUGAAAGUCCUAUCAUUGAGCAUGAUGCUCUCCACUCCCAUGAUGUCUUCUACCACCGUGACUCUCACAAUCACUGCUAUGCCAGUUUGCAACCUCGCGACUAUUAUGGACCCAGUGAGCCUCGCACUGACAGCGAGUUCACCACACGGGAUACAUCCCCAGCCUUAGAGUCCCAUUAUGCUCACAGUGAGCGUGAACGUGCAUACCCAAGCCAAUACAGCCCAGUGCUCAGUCCUGACUAUGCUCAUGAAAGUCGAUAUGCUCGAUGCAAUGGCCUUGACGAGCGCCAGGCAUUUGGUGGAGGAGCAUACUGUGACAGUGGGUACCCUCAAGGUAGAGCUCAUAACCAGGAUUCUAGAUGGAUGGACAAUGUCCGUAAUGUUGCAUCUUCAUCUUUGGACUACAUUCGUCACGACACUGUCCCGCGAGCAUUUACUCGAGACCCCACCAACCCUCUGCAUCCUCCUUCAUCAUAA